AUGGAGGUCCAAUCUCGAGCCCCGGGGAAAGUUAUACUCUGCGGAGAGCACGCGGUUGUCCACGGAUCCACCGCCGUCGCCGCCUCUAUCAAUCUCUGCACCAACAUCAACUUCCGCCCCGCUUCCGCAGGUAUCUCCUCCUUUGUGCCUGUUGUGUUGGUGGAAGUUUCUGAUCCGAAGUGGUGCCAGUUGCAUACACUUGGAUCUUACCUUCCGAAUGAGGAAUGUAUUGAUGGAGUGGGAAGAAAUGUGUUGUUUCCUCCGUUUUCUUUGCGAUAACUCGUUAAUGAAUUAUGGAAAAUCUUGAGAAGAAUGGAAGGUCCUUGAAUAGGUCGGAUUUUGCCUCACUUUGAAUUAUUUUGGAUCUUGUCCCGUCACUGUACUGAGGUUCGUGGCACAGAAUUUCCGGUUGGAUUAAUAGCUUAGCCACCGGAAAAAAUCGCGCUCCCCUCCUCUUUGAAAUUGCACUUGGCCAAGGCAUUUCCAGCGCACCUGAUACCGAUUUCCUGUCCUUUUUCUAUGGUCUCAUCACUCUAGGGAGUGGUGAUCGAUUGCUCGAGCUCGAGCUUAAAGACACGGACAUCGUGCUAUCAUGGCCAACAGAAAGGCUGAAGGAGGUGUUCUCUGAAAUAGGCUCUCCUGCUCCGUUGUCACCGCAGCCCUGUUCCCCGGAGACUCUGGAACUGAUUUAUGGCCUCUAUGAGGAGCAAAAGCUUCCAGAGGCUAAAGCUGGGCUUGCUUCCGGGAUCUCCGCCUUCAUUUAUCUUUACACUUCAAUACAGGGGUAUAACUUCUCCUUCUCCCUGUAUUUAUGAUCGAGAAGUGUUUAUAUCUGCUUUCCAGAACGAGGCACUCAUGAAAAAAACAUAUUUUUCAGUUUAAAGGCAGGGCGAGUGGUUGUGUCCUCUGAUCUUCCUCUGGGCGGGGGAUUAGGAUCAUCUGCCUCGUUCUGUGUCUCCCUCUGUGGUGCGCUUCUAGCGUUUUCUGGAGCUGUGGGCCUGCAACAUGAGCAAAACAGUUGGUUUAAGUUUGGAAAAAAUGAGCUUGAAUUGGUUAAUAAAUGGGCCUUUGAAGGUGAAAAGAUAAUUCAUGGCAAACCAUCCGGCAUAGACAAUACUGUCAGCACAUUUGGUGAGUGAUUACUUCACAAGUCGACACAAAUGGAUUUCACCACGUCAACUGUUACUAUUUUUUGCCUUUUUCAACGCCUAGCUAUUAAUGGCCUGUACGAGUGCUGUUAUUUCUGGUGCCUAUCUUCUCCGUUCCUUCAUAUUUUACCUGGCAUACGAUAUAUUUCUUCCCAUUUUUGAAUUCACGAUACAUUUUCUCCUAAAUUAUGACUGAACUUUGUGUAACAGGCAAUAUGAUUAUGUUUAGGUCAGGGGAGUUGACUCAGAUCGAACCAAACGUGCCCCUAAGAAUGCUUAUAACUAACACGAAGGUUGAAAGGAAUACAAAGGCCCUGGUUGCUGGCGUUUCUGCAAGAGCUAGCCGUCACCCACAUGCAAUGGCUUCUGUGUUCGCAGCGGUGGAUUCUAUUAGCAAGGAGCUGUCAGAAAUUCUACAGUCACCUGCUCUUGAUGCCCUCUCCAUUUCAGCACGGGAAGAUAAGAUUGGUGAACUAAUGGAAAUGAAUCAGGGUUUACUCCAAUGCAUGGGAGUCAGUCAUGCUUCGAUAGAAGACGUGCUUCGGACAACCUUGAAAUAUAAUUUAAUUUCCAAGCUGACAGGAGCUGGUGGUGGAGGCUGCGUUUUGACUCUUCUACCAACUUGUAUCCUUUACUUGUGCACCUUUUCUAAUUUGUUGAUUCAAUCAACUCAAAAUUUUUGAUCUAAGAAAAAGAUGAAUCUUCAUUUUUCUGGAAAUAUUUGGAACCAGUGACGUGAAUAUCUAAGGUUAUUUGUUUAAUUGAUUUCAACUUUAUCUUAGUUUAUUUAUCCAUAAAAGAAUUCAAUGUUACGUUUGCUGUAGUACACGUAAUGAGUGUGCAGAUGAAUAUCCAGAAACAGAGCAUCAUACGAUAAUUGCCUCUUUGACCUGCCAAGCUGUCAGCAAUUCGAUCUUGGUCUGUUUUUUUUUUUUUUUUUUCCCUCCCUGGGAUAUGAGUGUUUGGGCAGUAAUUCUGGCUCCUCGAUAUUUGUUUAUUCCAAGAAGCUGAACAUCUGUUCGUAGCUCACAGAUUAUUGCUAUCAUGGAACUCAUGUACCUGGAUUACAUGAACAUGGUGUAGGCACUGUACAUGGGAGAACAGGAGCGUCCACUACCAUACCAAAUCAUUUUUUCCCCAUAUCAAAAUACAUUAGUUUUUGCAGCAAAACCUCAUCUGGUCAAACUCAUAGACUUGUUCCAGUCUUCCCUCUCUUUUGAAAAGUCAGCGCUGACUUUUUAGGUACACAUUUUUUCACCAUUUUAAAGACUGAAGAAACCCGCCCCUCAUCCCUGCUUCUGUACUGAUUUAAAGUUUAUUUUAUUUUAUUCCUUCUAUGAUUACGCCUUGACAUGAAAAUCAGCCCUCUCGAGUGAAAUCGUGGGGAAAGUCAUGGCGGAGCUUGAGCCCUGCGGAUUUCAAUGCUUCACAACAGAAGUCGGUGGGAGAGGUCUCGAGAUCUUUCUCUCUGGUUCCCCCCCCCCCCCCCUGAUCGAGCAUUUUGACCAGAGACCCAGGUAA